AUGACAUCUUUUGAAGCACACGCCACUGAUCUUAUGUGCAAGAUAUUGCUUGAAAACACCUACGAAGCUAUUAUUUAUGCCGGUAUAAAUCCUAAAGAAUUAAGAGGAACAAAAACCGGUAUCUUCAUAGGCUCAUGCCAUACUGAGAAAAGAAAUAUAAUUAUCUAUUACAGGCUUCAAGCAGCUGGAUACCCAAUUGUUGGAUGUAGUCAAUACUUGUUAGCCAACAGCAUUUCUAACUGGUUUGGCCUUAAUAGACUCUCUUGUGCCUUGGAUACGGCUUGCAGUUCAAGCCACUACGCCAUGGCGGAAGCUUACAGAAUGAUACGAAGUGGAGAAUGCGACGCGGCUAUCGUGGGGGCGCCAACUGCUGGUUAUUGCAAGCCACCAUUUGAUGCUUCUGGUACUGGUUAUAUGCGCAGUGAAGCUGUUGCGAUAUUGUAUCUCCAAAAGGCAAAGGAUGCGAGACGAAUCUAUGCUACCUACGUCUGCGCUAAAACCAACUCUGAUGGCUUUAA